CCCCGCUCUGGAACAGCUGAAGGCCUCCAUCCAACAUUUUAAAUUAUUAUGCGUCAAGAAGUCGGAAGCGGCGAAGGAAAGAAAAACCUCCCAGCCACCCUUUCAUCAGCAAUUAGGAGUGUUAGCCGCCUUAUGUGGGGCUGUCUGGCAGCAAGCAUUGACUUUAUAGUACAUAGUACUGCUACAGUACCAUCCUUCAGCUCGGUUUUAAGUCAUUUCCCAGUCCCUGAUAGUUUCCUAUAUGUCCCCACAGUUGUAAUCGGGAUCUAAACAAAACAUCGUUAUACUCAAUUUUUGGCCCGUCGCGACGGUAUACCAACUUAAUUAAUGUACACUCUUUGUUAUUAAUCAUCCGAGAGUGUUUUCUGAAUGGACUCGACUAUACGGAACGAGUCUAAUCCUGUAAGAUGAUGACCCGAGAGCAUCAUCGCCGGCGGAGCCCCGAAUCCUCUCGCCGCCGGCGCAAAGAGCGGCGCGAUUCCAGAGAGCAACUUCGGAAUCAGCAAAUAGCACUACCUGUACCGCCCCCGGAAGAACAAAACGAACUCAUACACCUUCGAUCGCGUGCACCCUCGCCCCUUUCAUCGUCAUCCUCCACAUCUUCCUCCUUAUUAAAUAUCUCCCGUCCCUCUAGGAGAUUCGGGCUUGGCGCGUUCUUCGGUGGCGGUGGCGGUGGGCGGAAGCAACAUCGUGUAAAAAAGAAGCGUAGCCGUUUUCUUCGGUUCGGGAAUUCUUCCUCGUCAUCUGUAGGCUCGGAUCUUGCCUAUGGAAAAGGGUACGUCGAACGGCAGAAGAGUCGCGAAUUCAGCCCCCCUAGUAGUAGUGCUGGUAGGCCGCGUCCGCGACGUGAUCAGACGGACGAAGAAAUACUUGAAUUAGGAAGACAGUUUGCCGAGAUUGCUAGACAACAAAAUGCCGAGGACCUUAAAGCAGCUGGGAGGAGCCGGCCGUCGACAUUGGUUGGUGCUGCGGCGGCCCUGAGUCAGUUUCGUCGAACAAAUAGCGGGAACUCUAACAGGGGGGUUGGAAGCUCUAAACCCCGCCUUGAUGAUUCUUCAGAUGACUCGGAGUGGGAAUCCGCUUCUGAAGACGAGUCGUCGUCUAGCGAAUUUGACUCCGGCCUUGCCUAUGGCUCCUCGGGACUUAGCCUACCUAAUACCAUUAACCAGCCUAUUCCCCGUCAGAGUACCCCUAGCUCUUCCCGUUCCCCUCGUCCCUCUCAAGUUUCAGUUUAUGGCCCCCCUCUCCGCCGGAAAUCUUCGGUGGUCGAUCCGAGCCUCUUCGGGCCCGUAAAUUCUCUCCGAGGUUAUGUUGAGGCUCCUUGUGGGUUUGAAACGGUUGACCGAUCUACGGUUAUAUCUCCGCGACCGUACGAACCCUCAAUAAGUCCUACAAUAACUCCUAGUGAAGCUGCACCUAGUAAUCGUCCGUUACAACUGGUCUAUCCAGCUCCAACAUCUGAUCCAAAACGCUUUGAUGUUUAUAAUGGUCCCGUCGUGUCUAGCCAACAGGACUUGUCUGCCCCGCUUCGGCCUGCACCAGUACCUAUACAACAUCCAAGGCCGAUAGUGCAGGUGCCCAGGAGGGUUCUCGACUCGGUGGAAACGGGCUCUGGAUACUCAGAGCAUGCGUCAUCUAAAAAAGUGCCUGAGGACACUGUUGUUGCUGGUUUGGCUGGGGCCGCAUUAGGGGGUGCGGCACUAAGCUCUGAUCGUAAAGAUGACCACAACAAGCUCGAGGAGAAGCGUCAUCGUGAUAAUGAGCGCCGACCAAAACGUUCAGACGCUGGCGUCCAGGCUCGGAAGGCUGAAGAGCGUAAGAGCCAUGAUAAUCUCUCUGCGGCUCGUAAUGAUCUCACUGAAAUACCCCAAGAAUCGCGAUUUGGAAACGGCCUAGAGUUUAAAAGAGAUUGGCAUUACCGGGAAUUGAUAGUGCCCGAAUUAAAACGGAAGUCUGAGGAGGAGGGGCGCCGUCGUGACGAAUACAAUGACGAUAACUUCGAUCACGACCUGACGCGUAAUAGGCGCAAACCCGAUCCAGAAGAUGAACGGAAGAUUGUCCAUGAAGAUGCUUAUAAAAAGGAACGUCACAACAGAGACGGUGCUGAUCGUCCUAGUGUGGGAAGCUACGAACCUGUGAAUGGCCCCGAGUAUCCUACGCGAGAGGGUCCAAUUGAUCCGUUCCAAUUUCAAGUAGCUGAUGAUGCUUUUCAGACUCCUCCUCACACGACACCGAAACGACCCCUUACGCCGAAUGUGAUAACUGUAGAUCGCGAGCCUAAUUUCUCUCCGGACCGACUUAGUCGGAGAGAUUCUUAUGAGCGGGAACUUCGUGAUGCACAUGAAAUAUACCAAACUGCCGAGCACGCGACAGCUCCUAUAAGCGGAGUUGCAUUUGCUGCCGCCGCUGCAGUGGUCAUGGCUGAAGAUCGCCGUGGACGUAGUCAUAGCCGAGGUGGCGAUGCUAGCUCUAGGAAUAGAUCGCGACGGGAUGAAUCUCCAAAACGUGAAAAGGAUGCUGUCCAACAGGAUGCUGACCGUUAUUACCGGGAAGCAGAACUUGCGCGCAGAAUCAAGGACGCGGAGAUACGAGAUGCUGAGCCUUCGGUUGUGGACAAAUGGAAGCAGGAUCAGCAACCGGUGAUUGUGGAUGUUGUAUCACCCCCAGAAAUGGAUCACGCGAAGAAGAAGAGCGCCUACGAUGCACCCGAUGCUGAUGUCCGCAUUGAUAAUGUUCUUGAACAUCCCAAUGAACUUUCUCGUUUUCGAACGUCAGAUAUCAAGGGUCUCACCAAGAUCCCCGUAUUCACAGCAAGAGACCCUUCCGCUGAGCGAGAGCGGCCAAUGCUUAAUGUCGUGCGGCCUACGCCUGUUCCCACACCAAUUCCAGAGGGACAGCGACGUGCGGAAGAGCCUCUUCCUAAGGUUGUCAGGAAGAUUGAUAUUCCUCCCCCUAAGGUCAUACCUGACGUAGUUACUGAAUCUCAAAGCGAAGAAGCCCCGGCGCCGUUAGCAAAAUCUGUCAGCUGGGGAGAGAAUCAAACAAAACGCUAUGUUGUGGAGAGUCCGGAGAGAGAGGAUGACCCAUAUUCGGGGACUAAGAUUGUGACGCCUGCUAAACCUCCAAGAAGUCGGACGGGGAAAAGGAGUUGGGGAUUAGGAUUCAUUGCAGCAACUCUCGGUGGUGGUAGCAAUAGAAAUGCGUCAUCGAGUACACCAGAGCAGACUGCUGCCGUUGAAGCGACUGGGCCUAAAAAAACUUCAAGGAACGGGGACGAACCCGCAAAUCGUAGAGCCUCGGUCCCAUUCAAGAACACAUAUGAUAGCCCGCCUAUCCCCGGUCCCAAACCCCCAAGCCUAAAGGGUGCCCAGAUGCCGGGUUCCUUUGAGGAAGACCCGGGGUUUACAGCAAAUAUAGCUGCCGCCCUUGAAGGUAGCGGGUUUGACCCUAAUAUCGUUAUCGACAAUGCGAGCUUUCAUAAGCGUGAUUCACCGCCUGGGUCGAAUGACCUUAGCGUAUGCCAAGCGCCGUUCGUGGAGUCGGUGGCCGACUUGAGAACAGUUGACGGUCCAGGGAUUACCGCUUCGCAGGGUGGCCGGGAACAUGGCUUUGUUAUUGGGGAAGUCGAGACGCCAUCUGACGAGAGGGAUAUCUCGACCGAUAAAUCGCGAAUUAUUUCCGAGCUCAAUAGAGCACUGCAGCGCAAGCAGGACAAGGCCCCCGAACGAGAUAGUGCUGAAAAGCCCCAUGCUAUUGUCGGUGGCAGUAAGGCUGCAGAGCUCUCGAGAUCUGUUACAGAGGACGACUGGGAUGUGCUCUCGAAUAAGUUUAGCAAAAAGGAGAGAAAGAAACGCGAGAAAGCAGCAAGAGCUCAAUCAUUGGAUGAUACACCAAUCGACAAUAAGCCCCGAAACGAGCAAUAUUUAGAGGCCGAAUUUACCGCUGAAGGGGAAGACAGCUCACCUAAGAAAAUGUCAAAGAAGUCGAAAAGGGCUGUUGUUGUCCAAGAGGAUUCGAGACAGCCUGAGAUUGUAGAGAACCCCAAGGUCGUAGCUCUAGUCGAUGGCUCUCGGGAUGUACAAAAUGUUAAUACCGUACAUAUUGGCACAUCAGAUCGUCUAGAUGAGAGCAACAAGAGAUUCAAGCGUGGUUUAGAGAUAUAUAACUCGCCUUCAGUACCCACGCCGAAGCCCGAGACUUCAAAUAAUAGGCCGAGAGAGCCUGCUAGAGCGGAUGUCUUUUUUACUCCUGACGACGAAUCUGGCAGUUCAAGAAAGGAUAGCUGGAGGGCUAGGCAAGACUCGGGUGAAUCUUUUUCGAGGACGGUUUUGCCAUCGGAACUUUCAACGGCAAGCUCUUACGGAAUAAUCGAUACCACGGAUAGUAUUAUCGAGACCGAAGAAGAGUGGGAUACACCGAAAAAGAGCAAAAAGAAGUCGAAGCGUGACGAUGGGGCAUAUUAUUCACCACCCAGGUCUGUACCAAUCUUGGAGACUGCUCUAGACCUUGCUCAAGAGGCAGACGCUACUCCUCUCCCUAAAAGCGAACAGGAUGCUUUGAGAAAGGGUAAAAUGAGUAAGCGUGGAUCUGUUGAUGAUGAAUUUGCGUUUCCGACUGUCCGUGGCCUCGAAGACUGGGAUUCGUUCAGCGAGUCAAAGGAUAAGUCUACGCAAGACUCUAGUGUCCACGACUCCUUGUCGCACGCAACGCUCCCUGCUGAAGAUCUUUACGAUAGCCCAAAGGAGAUGACCGAAUCCUCCAGCGAUGUACGUAGUGAAAAGACAGCCGCUACAGAAGAGGAGUUAGACACAACGAGGAAAUCGAAGAAAUCUACGCGAAGUUCGAUUCCAUAUGAAGAUCGGCCCUCAACGCCCCGGUCCGUAGCUCCAUCUGAAGCCUCCAUGGGAAGUUCCAAGAGAUCAAAACGGGAUUCCUAUUCUGAUCCGUUGUCAACGCCAUCAAGGUUAGCUCUGGCCUCUGACGCGGGUACCGUAGUUCUGGCCUCUGACGUGGGUACCGAUGAUUCCCGGAAGAAGACCAAGAAGAAGAAGAAAAGGAGAAGCAUCGCUGCUGAUUUACCCGAAAACGAGAAUGAUCUUCCUGAGGGAGGGCCGACCGAUAAGGGAAAGGGUCGAUCUGAGAUCUUGGAUUAUGAUGCUGACUCUGUAGUUCCGAACGAAGCUCGUUACGAUAGCCAACCAAUUGGUAACCGGACGAGGGAUGAUAAGGCGGACCAAGCUAAAGCCGUGGCCUCCACCCCGAGCAGUGCUGGUAAAAAGGAUCGCGAAGGCUCUAAAGCGGAGAUAGAUAAAAAGAGCAGCGGAAAUACAGGUUUUUUCGGCCGCUUAAAAUCUUCAAUUGGGAUGGCUGAAGGAAAGGAACCUCUACGCAAGUUGGACGAGGACAAGAAUGACCCUUUUUUAGGUAAUGCCGGCAUCCUUGGCGCAGGUGUCGGUUCGACGGGCGAUGCUAUCAUGUCCCAAGAGCCCCUGCCAAAUGCCACCAAUGCUCAAGAACCCCAAUCUGUUCCCUUCACUCUCCAGAGACAAUCAACUUUAUCACGAGAAGCAGAGCCCAUCGACCCCGAGAUUGCUCCGCGGGAAAUUCGACCUGCUAUAGAUCCUAAACAUGGUGACCUGUUACCCUUACCUCCAAGUCGCUCUGAGUCUCCUCUUCCUAAGCUUCGUGACGACUUUCCACCUCUACCGGAUAGCCGUCCCGAGACACCUGAGCAUGAACGACAUUCGCGCGAGGCGCCUACUCAUACUCGUCGUCGCAGUACCCUCGAAACGCCGACAAGGCCAAAAACGCCUAGUCAAAGCGCGAUACCUAUCCAAUUUUUCCGUCCGGGGCAUAGGCAUACGCCGAGCAACGGGAGAUCCUCACCGUCGGUGUCACCAAUCAAUGCCACCGUAGAAUUCGGAAGCGAAUCGAAGAAUCGUUCUCGUCCGGCAUCCUGGGAAGCCUCUCGGGACUUCAAACCCUUACUUCUUCUCCAAAGGGCGCUACGGGGAUCGAUCGACUUAUCAAACUCUCCCGAGAGAGAAUCUUCGCCUUCGGGGUCUGAACCUCGUGAGCGAGGCUCGCCUUCAUCAGCCCAUCUAAUUCUGGAGUCUCCCGACCGAGACCACCCUUUCCGCGAUAAUAUCUUUUCCGGACCAUUGUCAUCGCCAAUUGGGAUAUCUACAGAAAAAACAGAAAGCCCGCAUGCGGCUGAGAAAGCCUUCCAACUUCAUGAAGAUACCUUUAGGCAACUACCUAACGAAGCUUCAUUUCACCGAAAUAGUAGAGCAGACGGUUCCUACUUGUCUCCUCUCCCUGAAGAGUCAGACUUGAAGUUUACUGAGAAUGAUUCUCAUAGUCCUCUCAGCCCGCCAAUUUUCUUAGCAGCUCCUAACGUUAGAGAUCGAGAUGAUUCUGCCCAAGGUCCUCUCAAAGACAACUUGGAGAAUAGUGUUGUUUCAACAGAAACAGCGAUGCCUAUCAUAGGAGAACCAGAAAUUACGGUCACACCUGAUGACCAUAGCUUAAGCCAGGCCAACGAGGCUGUUGUUUCUGCAGAAACACCGUACGAAUUUCUUCCCGUUUCGGACUUCUUUCCUGGAAGUAAAACGCCAGAUUCGAUGGAUACCUUCGAUACUGCUCUGAGCAACGCAGGUGACCAUGGACCCCUAGAAUCUAGUGGUUCAUUAGACAAUGCUCAAGAUGACGAUACAAUACAGCAGAGGGGGUUGAGCGAUGUUGAAGAAUUAAUGGCGGGCUUGACUAAUACAAAGGCCACUUCGUUCCAAGAUGAAAUUCUCGGUGGUAUUGUACCAAGGGCCUCGGAAGAAGACGUAGAUGAUAAUAAAUCGAUCGAAACACUGGCGCCCGAGCCCUCCUAUUCAGAAGCACACGAGAAACAACCUUCAAUUGAAGUGCACGAGCCUGACUCCGAUGCUUCGACUAUUCCACAGAGUACAGAUACCACGCCAAAGAAGAAGAAUCGCAGGUCUCAAUCUAUAGAGCUUAGUCUGGAAAGUCCGCUAAUUACUACGGAUGCUCAAAACGUAGGGUUGGACGAGCUGCCCAUACAGCGAGCUGGUGAUGCUGUUCCAGCCUACAGCGACCUGAUCCCCACCGAGCAAUUGCCUUUGGUCAAAGAGAAACCGGCCAUUGUUGGAGAACUCACUUUCAGUCACGAAGAGCCAGCCAUGUCUGAGUCCAAGACACCCGAGGUUGAAGUAGAUAGUCCUACGUUUGAGCUACACGCAGAGCCAGAGCCAGCGUCAGAGCCAGCUCCUAUCCUAUUAGAUAUGGCCGCUAUUGAGAAGCCUGCUGCUCCUGAAGCCGAGGUUGCUAUCCAUCCGAAAGUAUCUAAUGUUGAGUUGGGAGUUCCUUCAGUUGAAGCGGAGCAUGGUGCCGUCAAGCUAGAGACUACUGCUACUGAACCAGAGAUAUCCUCUACUGAGCCAAUAGCGACUGCUGAACCAAAACUUCCAAGCGGCGAAGCAAGCACGGUGGAAACUGAGCCGAACGCUGGAGAAACUCGUAUCGAAGAGCUAGAGACUUCUACCGCCCAGAAAUAUAUCCUUGCUACUGAAGCUGGAUUGACUGUAGUGGAAUCAGACGCGCCUAACGCUGGACUAGAACCGAUCGCUAAGUUAGAGCCAACUGCUCUGCAGAGCAGCCCGACUGCAGCUGGAAGCGAGACUCCUACUAUCCAGGCAGAGCCUACCAUAGCUGGAGUAGGGUCAGCCUUCGAACAAGAAUUAGUCCAGCCCGAUGCUGAGCUAGAGAAGCCGGGGCAACUCGAGACAACUCUAGAGCUUUCUCCUAGUGCCUCUGAGAAAGAUGAGAAAAAGGAAGAGGAUAUACAGCGGCCACUAUUAGAGAAUGAGCAAGCUGAACCUGUCACUUCUGUUGAAGAGCCAACCAAAAGAGCCGAGGAGUUAACACAGGAGACCAGCACGAAGAGUCCCCGUGUGCUUCCUGCUGACCCGCAAAUCCCUAGUCAAGAUCAACCGGAAGCUACUUCACCAGAACCGCGUGAUGGCCAAUUGGACUCGCUCGAGGAAAUUCCUACCAUAGAGACGUCCGAGAAGGAGGACGAGACACAAGCUGCAGUACCUGAGCUAGAGGACCAAGUUAUUGAUGAACGAAUCCCAGCCCACGAAGAAGAGGGCCAGCCUCUUUCUGAAUCACCAUCUCUUCCAAUAGUGCAAGCUGAGGACCAGCAAUCUGAUACUCCCGUAGAAGGCCUCGCAGAAGCGUUAGCUAGCCCGAUACAAACUGAACAGCAGCUAAAUCUAUCUCCCGGAAAUGAAUCAAUUAGCGAACACGUGCUCCAAGAAGAACCUACAGGACCCAGCGAAGCCAAUCAGGAUGACGGGAAGACGCCACGAGAAAUACUUUCUCCGAACCAGCUGGUGGAGCCGAUAUUGAGCAAGCCCGCGGUUGAUAGCCACAACGAUCUCCAGUCUACGGUCCCUGUUCUUGGGCAAGAUGAGCAGCCGCAAUCAGCAUCGAAAUCAGUUUUAGAAGAGACCCAUUCACUUGACGAUUCUAUAAAGCCUGAAGUUUCUAUUGUUGGCGGAGAACAACACGAUGAGCAACCCACUCUGACUGAAACUAAUCUGCAGUGCCCCAUCGAGCAGGAAUCAAGCGGCUCAGCAUUAUUGAAGGACACUAACGUGGACAAAUCACCACUGCAGCUCGAUAUACUUGGCGAUGAAGAUACCAGGGACCGGCAAGGACCUGCGUCAACCGAUCCAACGGAGGUUCCGCUUUCCAAGCCUGACUGGAACGAGGGCUCAGAAGACAAACAAGACAAAUCGGCCGUAUCAUUCCAACCGGUGAAGGAAGCAUCGAGUUUAACCCCAAACACCGAUGACGCCCAACCACUGAGCCUUUCUAGCGAGGUGAUCAAUGAAGAGGCACCGGAAACGACUCAGCCACAAGAUAAACUCAGUAGCGAGAAGGGGGAAAGCAAGGAAAUAAGUCAAGAUGCGUCAGAAGUAGUUGACACUUCUGUAUUAACUGGUCCCAAUCCGGAACCGGCGACCCAACCACCCUCUGAAACUGAUGUCAACGAGCCUCAAGUCGUCAGUGAUGUUCUCGAAAAGCCGUCCCAAGACCGCGUUAAUGAAUUGGAUGUGUUACUCGCGGAGGAGCAGUCCUCUGUACCUCAACCAAUUGUAGAGGAUGUGCAGGAGCCAGUUAUCACCGAUGCAAUUGACGCACCUAAAUUGAGUGGAGAACUAGAAUCUAAGGAAUCUGAGGAAUCUGAGAAGUCGGUGGGACAGCCCACGAUUGUGGGGACAUAUGUUGAUAGCAAACCACCCUCCCAAUCUCUCGCUCCCGGAGUUGACGAAGUUGACGUGACAGCUGUCACUCAGGUGGAAAACCAAGCCCCCGAGUCCGAGUCUACCCCUAGCAAGGAGAAGGAGGACGAAGAAAAGCGUGGUCCUAUCCAAGUCGAGACUGUCACUAACGAUAUUACCCAGGCAACACCGGAAAUUCUGGAUGCGCGGGGUGAUGCGAACAAGGAAGUAACUUCACCUACUCAACUUACCACUGAUAGAAUUAGCGACGACACCCAAGCAAUUCAAGCAAAAGAAGAUAUUGGCGUACCAUCGACGAUUAAACAACAAGAGACGGACGAGAAACCUGAAAACAUCUCUACUGACACUGAGGAAACGCCAACAGCUGUCAUCUUACCAGAGAUAUCAGCCGAGCCAGGUGUCGUUUCCGAGGAUACUACACAACCCGGAGAGAGUCUUGGUUUAGAUCUAAAUCUAUCUAGCACCGAAGGAUCUAAGAAGGACGAUCAAAAGCCCCAGAGCGCCCAAUUCCCUGGACCACUCGAACAGGGACCUAUGGAGACUUCGGCGGAACCGGUCGAUGAGACCCCUGCGCCUGGCACAACCUUCAACCCCGACUGGGCCUCUAUUAACGUGCCGCCCCCACCGGAUUACUUACCGGAAUCCGAGGUCCACUCUCAAGAGGCAUCGGGCAGCUUUGGUGAUGCAUCGAAGGCUCAACAAGAACCAUCUCAGGGUCAGCCAAUAGACCCAUUAGAUCAGCUUAUCCAGCAUAUUGAGGCUAAAACCCAAUCAAAUACCCUUGACGACGCACGAGACGAGCCAGACCUAAAAGAUUCCGACGUUGCUGCAGGUACCCAAGAGCAAGUCCCCCAGGAAAAUGCAGAAGACUCAAUGGAAGCCCAAAACAGUCUACUAGCGGAGGGCGCAUCAAAGGGCGAGCGUGACAGUGUUCAGCAACCCUCGGACGAAAUCGUACCAGCGGUGCAGGAAAGUGCGAAUGACAAUUCACCCAUUGAGGCGGAUGCUGUCCAGGAGCCUUCUACCAAGGAUGAAUCCGAAGUCAUACCAAUCUUACCGGCUCAAGAUACUUUCCCCACUGAAGCCAGCCCUACAGCAGUCCUUGAGCCACAGGAUAAUAUUGAAGAGCCUUCAGAAAGUAUGACAAAUGACAGCGUUUUAGCAACUUCUCAACUCUGCGAGUCAACUCGAGCCAUGUCUACUAGUUCCGAAGAUAAUUUGUCGAAUCCUCUUACAGAGAAUAUCACCCUCAGCAAUUUACAGGCCGAGUCUAACCUAGUAGCCGAAGACAAGACUCAAAACACUAUAGAAAUACUGCCAACGAUUGCGGAAGAGGGUGAGAGUGAAAAUCAAGACGCACUCGAUUCUACAAUAGGAGCAGUGGCGCCGAUGAACGAGCCGAGUACAGAGGCCCCUUCCUCAGACCUUGUCGAAAUACCAUCGACUAUAUCGCAAGAUCAGACUAAUCUAGGUGAAGUCGUGUCAGAAGCUCCGGUGAUAGCUGAACCAGCGACGGAAUCGGUGUCUCAGCCGCAUCAAGAUGACCCGCAGAACCCUAUAAAUAAGGACAAAGGAAAGGAGAAGGAAAUUAGCCAAGUACAAGAACGAGAACCCGAGUUGGCCCCUUUACCAACAGAACCUCCGACCGAACAACCGCAAUCUCCUGCUCUCGAGAGCAGUCAACCGCAAGAUGUGAUACCUUUGGAUUCACCCUCGGUUCAAGAGAUUAAGCCGAAGCCGGAGCCGCAUGUGACUGAGCAAGACCCGCCUGACCUAUCCGAGUUACCUACCCCCGGAACGAGCAAGACCGCGACCGGCACAUUAGAUAUCUCUCCUUCUCCAACGAAAGAGGCUGAGCCACGAGCAUCGGAUGUUACGGGUACAACCGUCCACUCUCAAGAAUCUGAGCAGGAACCAGGAGUUCAGACAGACAAGGCAGGUGACGAUAUAUUGAUAAUCAGGCCUGAGAUCGCCCCAAGUGGAGAAGUUACAAAUGUCCAGGACCAGGAGAAAACUCGGCAAACCAAUGAUCUAACUGAAAACGCUAUGCUAGAGGAAGAACCCGUGGCUGAGCCUGUACGCGACGAAGAAAGCCUGGAAAACGUGGUCACGCCCAGGCCAAAGAAAAGCAAAGAAGGGGAAAGGCGAGGAAGCCAGUCAAUCUUAGAUGAUACGGCAUUUAUACCAAGCCAAGAAAUUACCGAAUCCGCCCCAAGUAUGCCAGCAGCCGUCGACGAAGCAAUAAAUCCUACGAAUAGCGCUAUACCUAUAUUUAGCGACGAGCUUUCUCUCCCGCCCCCGGACAGAGUGGACAAGCCUACCGAAACCGAAAUUACAAUAGUCCGACAAGAUUAUUCUAGAUAUCCUACAAAUAAUCAAUCUACCUUAGCCAAUGCUAAGGAAAUUGCAGAGCUAGAGGCGAAGAGCCCCGAGAGCGUCUCUAUAGAGGAUAAGGAAGGUGAAGAAAACAAACAACUAACCCUUCUAGAUGACAACCUAUCCGAGCAAAUUCCAGAGCAGACAGCUAAGGAAAGUGCAGUGAUGCUUUCCACAGACGAACAAAGCGAAAUUCAAGUCUCAGCUCCUACAGAAGCCUCGAAGGAAGAAAAGUUGGAUGAACCUGGCUCCCUUGGAAAGAAUAGGAAAGGAAAGAAAGUCAAGGGAGGCAACUCUCACAAUGAGAAUGUCUCUGCCUCCCAAGUCGAACUGAGUCAAGUAUUCAUGGACACAAUAAACAAUAACGAGCCGGCGGAUAUUAGCAGAUCUACCUCCCAGGAAAGCCCUGAAGGUGCAGACAUUAUUGAUCCUGUCCCCACUGAAAGUAAAGAUACAGAAGCCAAGGAUGUUGGUCGUUCAGAUGAUGUACAGUCACAAGAACAAAAUCAAGCAGAAUUUGAGUCUGCAGUUCAACCAGACAUAAGUGAAAUUGCAGAGACUGAAAACUUAACACUCGAGAGCUUAAAGGACGAAAAGGUUGAGGAGACGGCUCCUACUAAGAAAGGCAAAAAGAACAAGAAAAAGAAGCGCGCAAGUCUACGGGAAGAUGAGGCAAUUUUACAACAAAAGUUAGAUCAAACCAUUAGUGAUCUAGCAGCUAGUACGUCCGCGAUCGAGCAUGUGAAUACAGAGAAGCUUUCUGUUCCAGAAGAUUCUGUAGAUCAGGAUGCUGCAGAUCUAACACCUAGCCAAAAAGACGAUGGGGAGAAGGGGCCAAGCACCCAGGAGCCUGAACUUGAGGCCGAGAUGCUAGCCGAACCGGAGCUAGAUUCCAUCCCCCAACAGCUAGAGUCGCCCAUGGGGAUCAGAUCUACUAAUGUACUUCCCGAUGUAUCUCCUGUGAGCAUUGAAGAUACGGUUCCCAUUGAAGAGAAUCGCUCGACUAGCUUGCCCGAAGCACCGGUUGAGUCCACCAGUGUCGAAGAGGCUCCGAUUGUAAACACACAGGAUAAUAGGCCUUCUACCGAGGAGAAUAUUCUUGCAGUAGUGCCACCCCAGAUUGUCGAGGAGCAGGUUGAAAGGGGCACGUUACCAGAGUCUGAUAUUCCUCUAUCGGACCAACCCCCUCCUGAAAAUACUGUCACUAUUCCUACGUCCGAGGAGCCCGGCGCCGAAGAUACCGCUCAAUCGGAGGUCGUCCAGUCAGAGACCGUUAGCCAGAUGCCGGAAGAGCAGACCGAUGUUGUUUCCUCAACUCCGCCGCGAGAGGAGCCGGUGUCCCAGGGACUAGUCCAGUCAGAUAAAGAGCACGAGGAAACCGUAGAUCCUAUCGCUUCCGAAACUUCGGUUGGAGUAGUACAGCUUGAUGAGUUCCCCAGGUCGGGAGAAGAUUUGCAACCAGCAGAAUCUACCCAACUAGAGGCCGUAGUAUCAGGAGAGCCUGUGCAAACCCAGGAUCCGCCAAAACAGGAGCCUGCACAAUUAGAGGAGCCAAUAGCUACGGAGGAACCGUUGAAUCAGGAAGAACUACCCAAGCUAGAAGAGCUCACUCAAUCAGGCGAAUCUGAGCAAUUAAUCUCUGUGCCACAAGAUCUUUUGGAAGUAGGAGCACCCGCACAGCAAGAUCCAAUACAGCCAGAAGAGUCUACCCAACGUUCGGAGCCGGAGUCGCCAGCUCAAGCAGAAGAACCUACACAACUAGAAAGUUCUGUAAAACCUGUCCAGGAGCUUCCCGUCACCUUGGAUGAAACUGAGUCCACGCUGACAAAGAAGUCUAAGAAAAGCAAGGAAAAGAAAGCUAAUCAAACCGAACCAGAGCCCACAUCAGAAAGCACGCAGCUAGUUGAGACUCAAGCUCAAAAGGAGUUACCGAAGCAGUCUAGAGAGCAACAUGUGGAUCGACGUGCUGAGCAACGGGCGAGCUGGGGUUGGCUUACCGACUCAUUCAAGAGUCUCCUGAGUAUACAAGAACCUAUGACAACCUCGAAAGACAACCAAAAUACAGACCUACCCGAAGUGCCUACAAAAUCAGGGCCUAAGCCGGAGGAGGAGGACGCCAGUCAGCUUGAAGGGGAACCUACACUGGAAACCGUGCCCUCGUCAGAACCAACAGAACAAUCCCAGCACCUUGAUAGCCAGCUAAUCGUUGAUGAUACGUCCACAAUCGCCACAGAUGCUGUACCCGAAAACGUCUUACCUGAGAUGGCUACAAGUAAAAAAUCCAAGAAAAAGAAGAAGAAAGCAAGCCAAGUCAGCCAGGAGCCUGAGUCUAGCGCUACAGUCCCUCUAGAAUCCCAAGCGCAACCAAUCUUUCCCGAGUCGUCUCCCAUACAAGAGAGCCAGGAACAGCUCGACGUUCCGCCCAAGGUAGAACAUACAACAACCCGGAGGGGGGGAGAGAAGCCCAGAGAAGACCUCUCCCAAUCUUCUGGUAGCAAAAUGUCCAAGAAGGAAAGGCGAAAGAUGAAAAAAUUAGCCGCUCUAGCCGCCGAGCUGUUUGAGUCCGAACCUGAGCCAGUAAACUCAAAUUUGGAGGUGCAAAAUGCCCCUAUUACGAACACUACAUCGACGAGCCUUCAGGAAGAGGGCUUGCAGUCGCUGACAGUAGAGGCUGAAUCCUCGACUCGACAUAUUCAAGGGCACGUCGGAGAUCUUGCCGAGAAAAAUGGUGAAGAAAUAGGUGCGCCUACGGACCAAGAUAGCUUAGCUCCCAGCUCCGAGCCGGCUCUUAUAACCUCUGAAGCUGAGAAUAUAGCCAAGGAUACACAUUUGGAUGGAACUCCCAAUGCUAUAAGCGAGGUCGCACACGACGUACAAGAAUCAAAGGAAGCUUUACCCGACAUCACUGUCGAAGAUCUUGAGAAGGAAAAAGGGGCUCAGAUACUCGAUACUCCUGAACCAAGCACUGGAAUCCCAAAUUCUGACCCGCAGUCGCAAAGUUUGCCUGAUGUCGAAAAGCAAGAUGAGACGACAGCCAGCAUGGAACCUUUGAUAAGCGAAGAGCAAUUGCCUAUGGAGUCAAAUAUUCCGGAGCCCAUCAAGACACCUAAAAUAAGCGCCAUCGAGCAGCGAGAAUUGCCUAUCAAUGAACAACUAGACCCUUCUGCGCCGAAAGAACCGGAACCUCAGCUUUCCCCUGUCAGCCGCAAGAAGGCGAAAAAGGACAAGAAAAAGAAAAGAAUGAACGCCCAAACCGGAUUAGAAACAGGCUCGGGAACCCAGACGCCUGUGAGUCAAGAACCGAAUGCAAGUCAUAAUUCUAGCGACAUCACCACAGGGGAGCCCAGGGAUCAGGGACCGGAAAGGACAAUGGUAAAUGAGGGUGAGUGGUCAGAAUCCCCAAAUAACCCCCCACAAGACGAGACACGCCGCAAAGCGUCGGGCACUUCUACUCCUCUAGAGUCCAUAGAAGAUGUACUGGCAAACGCUUCUCCGGAUACAGUAGCAAAAGAGAACGCCCCGAGAAGACUGACUCCAGAAAAUAUCUCAGAAGUCGAAGGGCAAGGUUCUAAAGCAAAGGACGUCGAAGAAGGAAUUCCCCCCAAGCCGAAAGACCAAGAUCAAAAUGCUGAAAACAUCAAUAUCAGUCACCCUGACGAGAACAGCGUAGAAGUUCCGGGAAUCACUCAACCGCCGUCGCCCGUAUCGGAGCGCCAUACUGGCAAAGGGUCUCUUAGCGAAACCAAACAAGACAUUUUAGACCACGUCGAGUUACCGGGGCCUGUCACCCCUCCUCGGACUCCGUCAACGGUUGCCGCACACACGGUCAAUAUUGACCUUUCGCCGGCCCAGUUAAGUAGUCAUAUAGAACACGAGCGUCCAUUCGAUCAGUCACCGCAGCCAGGCAAGAGGAUUAGGACUUAUUUGUCCGGCGGAGACCCUACGAUAUCUGAACUGCCUCCGACUCAACUUAAAUUUCCUCGAAAUACCGAGAGCUCAAGCUACAAUUCCCGCGGGCUGUUACCACCUGCAGGAUCAUACAUGGCAGAAGCCAGUGAUAACAAUGUCGUUUCGCAUGACAUCACCUCUGCCAGAGAGAUUGCAGUCUCGUAUCUUGAAUCUCAGUUAAUUACAAAGGCCGAAAACUCUCAUAACGUUGAGGAGAAUAGUGGUGUCAAGAAAAUUAGCACUUCUGGUUUACUCCCGAUGUUCACACCACAACGAGAGAUUGCCGCUUCAUAUUUUGAAGGGCAGCCUUCAGAUGAGAUUCGACCUCAUGACAACACGCCAGAAAAUACAGCUGGAGAAUCUGUAGUCAAUGUACCACUGGUAGCAAUGGGCGAGAAUAUUUCUGCCUCACCUGCAGAGUCGCAAUUGGAUCCCGGGCAUAUAGAAGAAGAAAACUCCCUUUCAGCUCAGCCUGAGGCUCGGCAGCUCAGCCUCAUUCAAGACACGACCACACCAGCACGCAAAAUUGCAGCUAUCCUUAUGGAAUCUUACUUUCACUCCUCUAAAAAAGGGAAGAAGAUGGAUAAGGAUGCAGACUCUACAGCUCCAGAAAUUAUGUCUGCAGCGCCCUCGACUGGAGAGGCUGCAUAUUUAACUGAGAAGUAUGUCAACAUGAAAAUGCCAGACACACAAGACAUACUUGAUAACCGUGUAGUUUCAGAAACCUCUGAGCCCAAGGUACUAGAAGAUAAGCAUCCAGAGGUUAAUGCAAGCGAUCAGGAGACUGGGCCGAGUAUAGGGGUCCCAUCACAUGGGAGCGCUUCCGAAGAAAUCGAGAGCCCAGUAGUAGGAAGAGAAGUACAACAGAACUCACCGGAACUUCGCAGCGCUAGUCGUGAAGGCCCAACAUCGAGAGAGCUACCUACUACUGAAAUCAUAAAAAAGUUGGACGAUCUAGACACAUCGGAGCACGGCAGCGAACCUUCAGAGCCAACAGUGGAGCGCAAGAUCGACGGAGCAUUAUUAAAGUCAUCAAGUUCAAGGCCUUUAAUUCAAGACUACGGAAAUUCCGGCCGCAAUUCACCCCGUGUCCUUCCUCCAGUAAAGGAAGAGACGGGUGAAGAACUACAAAAUGAAGGACGGGAUCGGGGUCAGGGAAUUACGAAUAAGGCACCAAUUAUCACAGAGGCGAAUAGGGACAGUGGAUUUGUAACAGAUUCACCGAAUCCGAUGCGGCGUAGUUCGAUGAACGAAUUAAGCCUACGAGACAGCGGUGUGCAUUUGCGCGAUUGGCCAGAAAAGACGGCCCAAAAAACUACAGGAUUAGAAGAGGAAAGCAGUGUAAUUCGCACUCCCCAACCGAAUGAAAAAAGAAGCAAAAAGCUAGGGUUGGGAAGCGAGACGCCAGAUUUGCCAAAUUUAAGCACGCCAACUGCUCGAAGUCAAGAUGAGGUACAGGAUAUUAUAGAUGCUAGGAAAACGCGCGUGUCCAAAUCUGAAGAUGUCGGGCAAAGAAGUGUAUCAGAAAGUAUAAGUCGAGGAUCAUCAACACGGUGGAUGGAAAAGGAGCCAAGGCGGUCUGCAUCCAACACGAGCAUUUCACGGCUAAGGACACCUGAACCACUACAGUUUCGGCCUGAAAGUCCAGGUGGACGUAAUUUUCGAUCAGGCUCCAACACCCCACCCCUUGCGCUCCGACGCACGGGUAAACAACGAAUGAGCGGUGACCUUAGAUCAUUAAGUUCCAACCUCUCCAAUAACAACAAUGCCUCGAGAGAAAAUCUCCACCAGACCCAACAACUGCAGCAGCUGCAACAACUUCAACAAACCACGAUACCUGUGGCUAAUGAGGGCCGUGUCCGAGCCAAGGACAUGACGGACGUAUAUGUAAGUGCAUAUUAUCCAUCGUAUCCAUAGUCCAUAGUCCAUUCCCCAUUCCCCAUUCUCCAUUCUCCAUUCUCCACAAUCCACAAUCCAUUAUUCAUUAUCCAUCACAGAACACAUCGUCAAGCCAUGACCGCCGCUACUCUAUUUGCUAAUCCCCAUAUGCAGGAUGGCUACGGCGAGGGCCGCAUUGGAUCCCCACUGUCUCCAACCCGACCACAGAGCAUGCGUCGUCGACAAAGCAUACAGGUUCUAGAACUCGAAUCAAGAGUUGAGCAAUUAGUGGCCGAAAAUCGCGCGCUUGCCGACGAAAAAGCCCACGUCGAACAAAACAUAACCCAUCGAACUGCAUCCGCCAUCACCGAGCGCGAUGC